UAAUAUAUAAUAAAGGUUCACAACAAAAUAAGAAAAAAAAUAAAACAACUAAACGCUCCAAAACCAAAUCCAAUUCAACAGAACCAUCACCCACAUGGGUAGUGGGCAUUGGAUUCGUAGGAUUUUGGGUUUCAUUCAAAUUCUUCAAAUUUUGGGAUCAUUCCAAACCAUCCAUGGCAUGGUACCGCAGUCCCCAGUUCAAUGCGACCAAUCUGGGUGUACCCUCUACAACUCCUAUGGCGCGUGGGGGGACCGCAAGGACUGCUCUGCCCUCAACGUGACUUACCCCACAACAGAAGAACAACUUCGUUUGGCAGUUUCCUAUGCUGUCCAGAACAAACUCAAAGCCAAGGUUGUCACAAAAUUCUCACACACCAUUCCCAAGUUGGCGUGCCCACAAGGAAAUAACAACAACAUCAAUAAUAAUAACAUUGGAAAUGGGAAUGCUACUUUGCUGAUCAGCACAGAGAAGUAUGACUCUGGCAUUGAAAUUGAUGGUGCCAAUUUGGCUGUGACUGCUGAUGCUGGUGUGGGGCUUCGUCAAUUGAUUGAUGCGGUUGAAGAUGCUGGGUUUAGCUUGGUGGCUGCACCUUAUUGGGAAGGUGUCACUAUUGGAGGGCUCAUUAGCACUGGAGGACAUGGUACCUCUUGGUGGGGCAAAGGUGGUGCUGUUUAUGAUCAUGUUCUGGGGAUUAGUAUUGUUGUCCCUGCUUCAAAAUCUGAAGGCUAUGCCAAGAUUUUAAGGUUGGAUGCACAGGAUCCUCUUCUUAAUGCAGCCAAAGUGUCCCUCGGAGUGUUGGGUGCCAUCUCCAAGGUGAAGUUAUCACUUGAACAUAGGUUCAAAAGAAGCAUAACCUACAAUUUCACAAAUGAUACUUAUAUAGAAGAUGUGUACAUAGACCAUGCAAAGCAAUAUGAAUUUGCGGAUAUAACUUGGUAUCCAUCAAGGCACACGGCUGUGUACAGAUAUGACUCCAGGGUUCCCAUAAGUGUUUCUGGUGAUGGAGUCAAUGACUUCAUUGGAUUUCAAGCAAUUCCCAAUUUGAUCCCCGAAUCAGUGAGAGCAGCAGAGAAAUUGCUGGAAAGUACAAGAAACGCAAUUGGGAAAUGCUUAACGGCAACUACUACUUUGGAAUUCAAGAAAUUAGUAGGUAAUGGGUUGAAGAACAAUGGCCUAAUCUUCACUGGCUAUCCAGUAGUGGGUUAUCAAGGAAAAAUGCAAACUUCAGGUUCAUGUUUAUAUUCAACAAAAAUGCAUAUCACAUGUGCUUGGGAUCCAAGAAUCAAAGGGCUAUUCUUUUAUGAAAGUACAGCAAUUUUUCCUGCAUCCAAAUUUGGAGACUUCAUUCGUGAUGUUAAAAAACUAAGAGACCUAAAUCCUGAAAAAUUCUGUGGGAUAGACAACUAUAAUGGGAUGCUAAUUCGCUUCAUCAAAGCCUCAAAUGCAUAUCUUGGACAAUCUGAAGACUCUGUAGUGAUUGAUUUCAACUAUUAUCGUGCAAGGGAGCCUUCAACUCCAAGAUUAAACCAAGAUGUGUGGGAGGAAGUGGAGCAAUUGGCAUUCUUCAAGUAUGGGGCUAAGCCACAUUGGGCUAAGAACAGGAACGUUGCUUUCUUAGGAGUACAACAUAAGUAUCCCAAAUUUAACAUGUUUAUUGCAGCCAAACAACAACUGGAUCCCAAAAAUGUGUUCUCUAGUGAAUGGUCAGAUGAUAUACUCUAUGGAAGGGAAUCAGAAAAAUUUGAUGGGUGUGCUUUGGAGGGACUAUGCAUAUGUAGUGAAGACAGACACUGUAGCCCAGAUAAGGGGUAUUACUGCAGCCAUGGCCUUGUCUACAAGGAAGCUAGAGUUUGUAGAUGUUCAGCACCCUCCGUAUAAUCAUCAUACCAUGAAUUUCCUUUAAUUAUAUCGUUUCAUGGCUUUAAAUUAUGGUUGCCGUUGAAUAAAU